GCCGAGAGGGAGGAGCAGGCGACUCGCCAGAAAUUCUCCGCCUCGCGCAGGGAGGCUCCCGGUGAACCGGGAGAUGGGAAAAGGACACGGCCGGCAGCCUCCCGAGCAGCGGCCGCCUCAGCCCCAGCCGCAGCUGCCCUCGCCAUGGCCACGGCCACGUUUGGGCGCCACAAAGUGAGCGAUUCUUUGACGCCGCCGCGGCCCAGGACCCCGCGGCCCCAACUGCUGGACUCGACGGACACCUCCACCAGUACAUCGCAGGUCCACAGCGCGAGCACCACCAGCACGACCACCGAGGGCUCGACGGAGGGAAUGUCGGGCAUCUCGCACUUCUCAGUGUCGACGAUCCUCGGUCUGCGCGGCUUCGGCUCCUCCUCGACCACGGGCGGUGGUGCCGCCGCCGCUGCCGCCCGGGACAAGCUCAAAGGAGAGAAGGCUCGCUCCCUCCUCAAGAUGUUGAUGAGAAAUCAGAAGGUACAUGAAGAUACAACAACUCAAAUGUCCACUGAUGUCCAUAAUUUAAUUCCUUGUGGUGAUGUGGCUGGCUUGCUGGCAAUUAAUGUGAAACAGUGCAAAGAUUUCACCGCCAGAUUCAAUGUUAAACGUGACACCUACUUGCUGAUUCGCAUUAGUAUUGAUAAAAUCAUGAAAUGCACAAACCCCCAAGUGUACAGAGCACACUUCAGGACCAAAAGGAUGAAUGCAAUUUAUUUCGGAGAUGUGAGAUAUUUUUCUGUAAAGGUUCCAAAGCAGAAGAGUGAUCCUAGGAAUAGGAUUGUUUUAGAGUUGGUGGGAUUUGAAGGUCCAAAAGACUUUCCAAGGCUGUUUGGGAAUGUAACUAUGCACCUUUAUGAAGUUAUUCAGAAGCAGUCCUUCAUUGAAAUGUGUCCUAUGAGGAUUAGAAACAUGAUUUUCUGCACAGUGGAGGUUCAAUUUAUGUUCUGCUAUGGAUGUCUUGGAUAUGGAUAUUCACAUCAGCUGAAACUGCCAGGGACAGAUCCUGCCCAUGCUGUGGCAUAUUCCAUGUUUCUACGGGUUCCACCACCAGAAGACAGAAAAGAUUAUACAAGGCACUUAUUCCUGACAUUAGAUGUUAGAUUUGUUCUAAUUAACUUAACUAAUAGCAUACAUACAGUUUGUCAUGUGAUUUUAGAAUUAAAUCAUUUUUAAAAGAAUUAGAACUGUAGAGGUUAAGAUGAAAACAUUCAUCUGAAAACAUGAAUUACCUC